AACAUAAAAAAGAAUCCUUCCUGUUUGCCUGGUUUAACCACAGAAAUGAGCAGACAGUACACAUACUGUUUAUGAGCCUGAAACAUGUGAAAAUCAUGUGACCUCCUAACCUACAGCUGUUCUGUGUAUGUCAUGGAGGACCAAAAUUAUGACAAACAUUUGUGGAGAAAAUGGAGCAGAGAGGAAUUGGACUACCAGUAUAGUCCCUCCCGCUGGUGCAAGCAGGGAAGUCCAGAGGAAGUCAUUACUCACCAUGUUCAGUGGACAGCAGAAGAAAGUAAAAAGGUUCGUGAAGACAUUGAAUGUGAGUUGAAUAUCUCAUACGGACUGGCGGAUGGACAAAAGAUGGACAUAUUUAGUGCUAAUACAUUACCUGCAGAGGCCCCCAUAUUUGUUUUUAUUCAUGGUGGAUACUGGCAGGCUAUGAGUAAAGAUGACUAUAGUUAUGUGGCCAGACCCCUGACUAAAGCUGGAGCUGUGACAAUCUUAAUGGAAUACACUUUGGCACCGAAAGCAAAUAUAGAAACAAUUGUCUCGGAGGUACAGCAGGGAAUGAAGUAUAUUCUAAACAUGGCCAAGCAUCGACAGUCAAGGGGUGUUUAUCUCUGUGGUCACUCAGCAGGCGGUCAGCUGGCGGCCAUGAUGCUCUCUGUUGACUGGAUGUCAGAAUGUAUGGCAUCUGACUCACUCAUCAAAGGUGCUAUAAUUAUCAGUGGAGUAUUUGACCUACGACCUCUGAUACCCUCCCCCAUUAAUGACCCCCUGAAGAUGACUGAGACUUCUGCCUGGGAGAACAGUCCUAUGAAGGUGAUGGGGGAGAUCAUUAGACAUAGCAAAAACAGGAAAAUAGUCCUAGCAGUGGCAGAACAUGACCCAAAGGAAUUCCACAGACAAACACAACAAGCAUUCCAGGCCCUUUCAGAAGCUGGUGUCAGUGUAGACUGUGUGCUCAGUCCUGGAGUUGAUCAUUUUGGAAUUGUGGAGAAAUUACUGUAUGAGGACUUCCAUCUGACACAGAUGGCAGUUGACAUGAUGAACCUCAACAUUGCAGAAAUUGACAAACAAAUGGAGAAAACAGCUGUUUAGAAGUACAUGUACUGCCUUUUCUUACCUUUUAAGAUCUUAUUCUGUAAAAAUCAUUUUUUUCUACAAUAUAAAUUUAUAAUUUAUA